AACCUUCCUGUACUCAACCCGUCCACUCGCCAUCCCCCUCUCUUCGCCACCUGUCUUCCCCUCAUCCCCGUCGACCUUCAUCCUUUCCCCUCGCCACCAUCGGCUGCUCCCUUCCCUGUGCCCUGCGCCCUCCAUCCUCACCCCAACCCCCGCCCCUUCCGUACCCCGCCUGCUCCGGCAUGCAGUAUUGUUGACUGCGCACGGAGCUGUAGCUGGUUGUCGGGCAGCAGCGGUGAGGAAGGAAGUGAAGGCGAGUCGUUGUAGCUGAGACGGCCGCACCAUGGCAGACACCAUUGAUGACAAGCUGAAGAACUAUAAGACUGCUCCUUUUGAUGCAAGGUUUCCUAAUCAAAACCAAACUAGGAACUGCUUCCAAAAUUAUGUUGAUUUCCAUCGUUGUACCAAGGCAUUGACUGCAAAAGGUGUUGAUACUUCUCCCUGUGAAUGGUAUCACAGGGUGUUCAAGUCAAUCUGCCCCAUUUCAUGGAUAAAGAAAUGGGAUGAUCAGUUGGAACAAGGCACAUUUCCUGGAAAAAUCUAAGCAAUUAUUGCAACCAUAUUAAAACUAUUACUGUGGUUUUAAAACUUGCAUCUUAUAGCAAAAUAAAUUCUGCAAGUUGAACUUA